GAAAUCAUCAUCAAGUACAAUCAUUAGGAUCAUGUAUGACAUCAAUCACGUAUCAUAAUCAUCAUCUUGAAUAUAUAUGCUAUAUUAUGUUAUAUCAUGAAUAAUUGUAUGUCUACUUGCUAUUCAAUUUGGAAUUGUUGUACUAGCGUAUUCCUCAGCUGACGUUGAGCGUGUAGUUUUGUUUUACUUGCUACACGCAGGUAACGACACUGGUCAUGGAGCCCAUCCCGGAGGUCAAUGAGAGUGAAGAGAUGUACGGACUAGUGGACCACUUUUGUGAUGCUUUAAUUAAAUAAAUACCUUUUCGGGCGAGUACCCAGAAAAUAAUGAGUCAGGACUCGACUCACGGUCAGGCAAACCCUCACGCGGAGCCUGAGCACGUUAGUGUGCAUACGGUGCACAUUGAAGCAUCCAGUUACGUGCCCCAGCAGCCGCAGCCUCAGCCGGAACCUCAGCCAGUUCCGGAGCAGUUCGCGGGUCAGAACCCGAAUUUAGCCAUUCCAAUGUUCCAACCGCAAAUGGUUGCGAACAUGUUCCAGUUCUUCCAGCAGAUGGCGGGAGCGCACGUACCAGCACCACCUCCUCCUGCACCCAUUGUCUCGAUUGAAAAACUCAAGAGGAAUGGGGCGCAGGAAUUCUGUGGCGACCAGAUAGCGGACCCUCAAAUAGCCAAGCGUUGGCAAGAGCGCACGGUGAGGGUACUAGAGAAUUUGAAGGUACCUGUCGAGGAUUGGGGACAGCACGCCAUAUCCCUAUUGCAAGAUGCCGCCUAUGAUUGGUGGAAAAGAGUGGGCGCCAACAUUCCCGUGCCAGUACCAUGGACUACCUUCGAGCCACUCUUCAGAGCCGAGUAUGUGCCCGAUCACUACGUCGAGGCCAAAUAUGAGGAAUUCUCCAAUUUCACUCAGGGGAAGCUGACUCUCCCCGAGUACCGUCAGCAAUUUGACGGAUUGGCCGAGUUUGGUAAAGACUUGGUCAACACCAUGGAGAAGCGCUGCAAAAAGUUCAUCAAGGGUAUGAGACCAGACCUGUCGUCAACACUCAUAAUUGCUCCCCGAGCCGACAUCAACGAUGUCUAUAAGAAAGCUCUUGAGCUGAACGAGGAGCUCAUCAGGAAAGCUGCGUAUGAACAGGCACUUUUGGAAGAAAGUCGGACCGUCCAAUCAGGCCCGAAAAUGGGACAUGGUAGCAAGAGGACCUUCUCCGCGCCGAGCAACUCUCGCCAUGAUAAGCGAGCGAAAUCUACUCCCUCUACAUCUGUGGCCGUCACUAGUAAGAGCGGGAAGGAGAAGAUGACAUACCGUAAUCCAGUAUGUUCACACUGUAACCGCAGACAUGCUGGUGAGUGUUGGUUCAUACAGGGUCUUUGCCUCGGGUGUGGUCAGGCAGGUCACUUUCGGAACGAAUGCCCGGUGAAUCCAGGCAAGGCUAUCUCCACUGGACCAGGCACACCGACUGCUCCUACUGUCCGAAGGGCCGAGCCUACCCAGAGUCAUCGUUCCACAGCCGCGUCCAACCAACCAAAGAGGCCCGCAACUAGUCAGCAGCAGGGACGAGCACCAGCUCGUACGUAUGCCAUGCAAGGGCGUACAGAUCCACAGACCAAUGAUGUCAUCAUAGGUAUGUUCACUUUAUUUGAUAUCACUGUAUUUGCUUUGAUUGACCCUGGAUCUACCUUAUCAUAUAUAUGUGUACCUAUGCCUGUUACAUCUGACGUCACUAAGGAAACUCUUGAGUAUCCGGUAGUUGUGUCGAACCCACUGGGACACAGUCUGCGUCUCCAACAUGUCUAUAAUCAAUGUCCGUUGAUGGCUCAAGGAAGAAUAUUCUUGGUCGAUCUCAUUGAACUCCCUGACAAGGAGUUUGACGUUAUACUUGGCAUGGACUGGUUGGCAAAACACCAGGCUAUUGUCGAGUGCAAGGAACGAGUGGUGAAACUUCGUACAGACGACGACAACGAGGUGAUCAUUCGGGGAGAACUUCUACCAAAAGCUCCCGAAUUCAUCUCUUAUAUGCAAGCAAAACGGCUCAUUCGCAGGAAAUGCGAAGCAUUCUUGUGCACUGUUAAGGAUAUACGGAAGGAAACACCUAAUCAUAAGGAUAUAUCUGUGGUUUGUGACUUUCCUGAUGUAUUUCCUGAGGAACUUCCAGGUCUACCUCCUCCGAGAGGAGUAGAAUUCUCUAUUGAUCUUGUACCUGAGACAGUCACUCUUGAUGAGAAUCUUUCCUAUGAAGAGGAACCUGUAGAGAUUCUGGCACGAGAAGUUCGAGUAUUGAGGAACAAGACUGUACCCUUAGUUAAGAAACUCAGGAGGAAGAAUACCCAAAAAUACUCCAUUGUUGAGCCAAGGAAGAAGAAGGAGAAACAAGAAGAGGUGUCAAGGUUCCCAAAUCUUAAGCUCAAAAACGCAGCAUCAACUUCUUCGUAAAUUCUGAACUUCCGGAGAUUAAUUCCAAGAAGAUUGAACGUCGGAAGCUCGAAGUUGAUAAGGGCGACCAGAUCAGGCGGAAGUGCGUCUCUUGUAGUGUGAUGUGCGGGACUUAUUAGUCCGACAUCACCCGUUCCGGGCUUAGUGUACGUACAUGGUAUUCAAGUUUCGAGUACCACCCCUACUUUCUAGUCUCCCUCGAGAGACUAAGGCCGCGUGAGUUCGUCGUACCAAAUGGGCGAAUCUCAUAGCGCAAGGGUGUCCUUGCUCGUUAGAAUCAUAUAGCAUGAAAUCAUCAUCAAGUACAAUCAUUAGGAUCAUGUAUGACAUCAAUCACGUAUCAUAAUCAUCAUCUUGAAUAUAUAUGCUAUAUUAUGUUAUAUCAUGAAUAAUUGUAUGUCUACUUG